AUAUUUGUUCGACUAAAAUUGUAUAAUGAAUCACAAACAAUACACAUCCCUCAAUCAACGCAACAAAACAAUUCAACUCAAAUAGAAGCUUCGAAUGGUCCGAUUUAUUCAACAUUCGCUAAUUAUCGACUUGAAAAUUUAGUAGAAAGAUUUGAAAUUUUUGAUCAAAAUUUUAGAAAUACUACUAAUGUUCCUCCAUCUCCACCUCCAACUUAUCGUACUGACCUACCACCACCUUACUCAGCAAAAUCAGUAGAAUCUGAUGUUUCCGAGGGUAUAUCGGAAAAUACAAUAACUAUCCCUAUCACUAGUGAACAUUAA